UUUACGAAAUGUGGACAGAAACGUUAAUAUUAUAAAAAUAUUUAAAAAACCAAAAAAAAAAUGUAAAAAUCUGAAUAUAAAAGUGUAACUUAAAAUAAAAAUUAAAUCUUUUGUCGUAUAUAUAUAUUAAACAAAAACUUUGGCUUGUUGUUAUAAGUGUUGGACAUUACAGCAAAUAGCGGUACAAUAUGGCAAACAAGUCACAAGCAUCUGGCGACGCACCAGAUAAGAAAAAAGAUAAAAGCAAAACCAGGUUAAAAGAGGAACCGCCCUCGGAAUCAGAGGAGCUCCCAAAAACACCGUCACAAAUUGCACGCGAUGAGGCGGAAUACAGAUCGAUGUUACGCAAGCAACGUUUUAAGCGACGAUGGCCGGAGGUCACUAAGGUGACGAUUCGAACCCGACCGUGGAGACCGCCACCGCCACCGCAGCGAUUGCCACGUAUUAUGAUAGACCUACCAGAGCUGACGACCCGUAAAUGGGUACCUCCGUACAAGAGGCGAAGGAGGAGAAGACGAAAGCUGCCGAGAAUAGCACCUGACGAGAUCACACAGCCGUUAUAUGAAGGAGCUAAAUUAAAAAAGAUCUGGCAUAACUUUAGUCAAGUGGAGAAGAAUAAGAUGAUGCUUCAAGGAACUAUUGGAUGUAACUCGAAGAAAUACUCAUCGAUCACUUGUGGCGCCCAAACUGCUUGCAUAGCUGUUAUCUGCAGAGCUCUUCUAGAAGAGAAGACUCCAGCUGAAUUCGUUAAAUUAGAUGUAGAUGACAUUAUUGAAUCUGGUGAUAGAUACUACAGACAGUGUAUGCUGGCUCUCAAGUGUUACAAAGGGAAGCCACAAUUACAACUCAAUCAGCUUUUAACAUCAUUCUUCUUCCACGACAACAAGUACACUGUCAAGAUGGUCGAGAUAGAGAGGGGGUUGCUGGCUAAGCAUCCAGAUAAUAUACAGGCUGAACCGGAUUUGAUGGCAUUUAUGGAGAAACGCGUGGGCACAUCAUAUAUGAUGAUACUAUCAGCUGGCGACCGCCACUUCCUCAUUUGGGGCCAUCCUCCAUCACCAGAAAGUGGGAGUCAAGUGAAAACCGUAUGCUACAUAUUGGACCCUCACAUGUUGAACGAUUUGGGACAACCCCAUAAGUUGUUCGGUGCUGGCGCAUUCCUCCGUUACGCAGGGGUAACAUCAUUUGUCUUGGACUUCCUUGCCAAUUACGGUGAUCUGGACGCUGCUAAAAAGGGCACACCGAAGCCCGUUGUAACCUUAACUAAUAUCGAGGUGGUGCAAAAAGAACCGCUUCUCCGUGAUCCCGAUUACGAGUUGGAUUUGAAGGCUUUAAAGGUGCAUUGUCAGAGUGAAUGGGAGAGCAUGAACAGGAACGCGCUGAUCGAGAAGAAGUUGAAAGAGGGUAAAUAUCCGCAUGGUUCGUUGAGCGCUGUAAGCUUGGCAACUUCAAGAGCUACUACUAGGAAGAAGGUUCAAGACUUUUAUCAGAAAACACCGAAAGAGCCACCUCCUCAACUACCGGUACCACCAGAACGAGCUCCUCCAGCACCCACGCAGGAACAGAUCAUGCAAUUGCGAGGCGAGGACUUUUUCUUAUACUGUCCUAAAUCAGACGGACAUGCAUAUGGCAGAGAUGAUAUGAUACCUCGGCCAAAAUCUGAGACGGUAUUGCAUAGCGUGGUGGAGAUAGCUGAUCAGAAUUACCAUUCUCAAUACCAGCAGAUGGAUGUCGACAAGUGGAUCCUAAGGGGUACGAGACACAUGGCCAGCUACAGAUAUCAAACGUUUAAAACGUACACGGGCGUCGCGUGUUGCGUCGCCGCGUUGGCGAUGCUUCGGAGACUCAGAGCUCGUGCGUGGAACGAGGACGUUUUGGAUGAGACGUUGGACAUUGGAUAUAAUUUCUUUAGGGAAUCUCUAGUAGAGAGGGGCGGUCCGAUAAGACGGCUCGUUUUAGGAGAAUUGAAAGAAAACUUCACGAUCAGGGAUAAGGUCUAUAUGCAUAAGGAACGAGGAAUAGCGGUUUGGGGUAAAUUAAUAUCAAACAACACGAAAGUUUUCGAUCUCUGCCGAGGGAUUGAGGCUUUCUUCAAGGAAUCGGAUACUGGACUGCUUCAGAUUCCUGGUGAAUUUGAAGUCGCUAUUUGGAACGAGGGUGGUAAAUAUUACGUGUAUCACCCUUGGCCCGCUGAUAAAUUUGGGUAUAAGGUUGGCCUACAAGAAGGUGGUAAGGCUUGUGUACUCAACUUCAACCGUGUGUCACGGUUAUGCGAGCAUUUCUUGGAUAGCGUCGCAGACUUGAAGAGGAAACCAUUUAGUAUUUCUGACGUCUACGUCACUGAAAGGGGCGAUAUGCCGGAGCCGGUCAAUAAGUUGAAACCGGUAGCCCCCAACCGGUGGGUGAUUCGCGGUAGGUUUCACGAAUCUGACCUUCGGUUCCCGGAGGAGCACCGUGGGAAGCAAGCAACGCCGGUAUCCAUAGCGGCUAUCGCUAUGGCACACGUUCUGGAACCUUCGAAUUGGACACCAAACGAUAUCGAUGAGACCCUUGUUCGAGGUGAUAUUCUCUACCAAAAUACAAUGGAACAUCUCGAUCGUAUGGGCAUCAACAUCGAGACACCCCACGGGGAGGAGGGGGCAGAGGAAGAGGAAAAGGGGACAACAGGAACGUUGGCGGCCGCUGAUGUAUUGACUAGAUUCAAGAUCUCGGAGUAUGAUUGUAUUGAGACGGAAGUUAUGGAUAGCGCGUAUAGCGGUCAGUUAAACCCAGAGCCUGGUAGCGGCAUCGUCGCACUUAAGGACUCAAUCCGCGAACUCUUCAAGGAACACACCCACGCCGUUUUGACAGCCAGGGGAGGAUCGACGGCUAUAUGGAGAUUUGAUGACAGCUACUACUUCUUUGAUCCUCACGGUUGUGAUGAGAAUGGUUAUCCGUCAGAAGAACCACGAUCAGCUGCAUGCCUGGUUAGGGUGAAAGGAACGCCCGAUGAUCUAGCUGACGUGAUCUUGGGUAACUUGGCUCCGGGACUUGAUGAUAGCUUUAACAUAUCACCGGUAGCAGUAAACGCGAGUAAACUGAACGCUGAGAUUGGUGCGCCUGAAACAAAAUUGGACAGUAAAGCAUUCAGUUGGAUAGCGAAAGGCAGCGCUGCCAUCAUGAUGGGACCGAGGGGCGAGAACACGGCGAUUGGAAAAGCCGCUGAGAAGGCCGGCAUUACUGAUGAAGAUAUGGCGGGUCGCACUUUAGCGUUGCCUGUAGUUGCAGCCUUCGCCGCGGCCACCGAGUCGGUUCCACCGCCGCAUAUGCAUCAGGAUCACAUGUACAAUUUUCUGGAUGCUGGUGUUGAUUAUUAUUUGAAUCACGUGAAGAAGACUGGACGGAAGGAAAUAGAGCCGAAAGACCUGACGGAGAAGUUUGAAAUGGGGGCAAAUACAUUCUCCAUCGAACUCGGGGAUCCCAUCCGGUUACCGUUAAGGCUUCCUGAUGAACCAGCAGGGGAAGGAGGCGAAGAAGAAGCAGCUGAGAAGGAAGAACUUGGCGAAGAGGAAGAAGUAACGGAAAAGGAACUACCUAUGAAACAAAUUAAGGAUGCAUUGUUCAAAAUGUGGUACGAUCAGACCAAGCCUACGUCGGUAUCGUUACUUGUCGGUGACUACCACCAGCUGGGUGUGUGGGUGUCUGCUGGAGGGAAAGUGGUCGCAUUCGAUCCCGCGCCGACCUUGCCCAAGGGAGUGCUGACCGCACAGAGGAUACAGAAGGGUGAUGAGUUACGACUUCAACGGAUCAAAGAUGAGAUGGCCGGUGAAGGUGGUGGCGGUGGCGAGGAGGAAGGUGAUGAAGAAGCUGGAGGAGAAGGCGAAGAGAAACCAGAACCAGAGCCUGAAUUCGUCCCACCUGAGUCUUGUCCAGCUUUGAUGGUGUUUGCCAGCCCCGGGGAGUUUAUCGACAAACUCACCCUUCAAGGAGGACUCGACAGGAAACAAUGUCUGGCGCCUUACAAGCUGUAUCCGGUCAAGGUUACGAACGAAUUGACGUCAGUGUUGAAGGAGAGGAAGGGGACGACGCCGAAGAGGGGUGAUGAUGAAGCGGAAGACGAAGAAGAGGGAGAAUUGCUGAUAGAGGCUUUGGACGACGCAGCGAUUGGCAAGUACUUUACAAGGCUCGGACGAGCUGUCGCGUCGGUCCGAGGUCGAGUCGCGCAAAACGAGGAUUACUUCUUGGAUCAACCGAACAGAGACAAUCAGGAUGCAGCUAACGCGAUAAUGGGUAUCGUGGUCGAUCAUAUUGAGCCUUACAUAUUUUGGAAGCCGAAGCUCUUGGAUGCGAUACUGAAAUACGGCGAUCGACUCUACACGAUGUCGUUGCCCAAUGCUUCAGCUCCGCCGAGACUGACUCCCGACGAAGUGCAAAGGGAAUUUCACGUUACUAGUUUUAAUGUCAGGCUAGAAGUUGAGAGUGAUGUUGUUACCGGUGAUAUAAAGGCUGGCGAAACUGGAUCUCUACUGAAUCUUCGAAGGGGAAUCAUAAAAUUCUUUGAAACGAACGCGUACGGCGUGCUGUGCGCGAAGGGCUACUGCGUGGGCGCGUGGCGCGCGGCGGGCGGGCACGCGCUGUGCCUGUGGGACGCGCACGCCGCGGGCCCGGCCGGCGUCAGCGCGCCCGGCGGCUCGGCCGCGCUCGUGCUGCUCGCCACGCCCGCCCAGCUCGCCGACACCUUCGCCGCCAGCCUCGAGCGCCUCGCCCGCCCGGGCUCCAACAAAUAUUCGAUAACAUCGGUGAAGGUAUUCUGGGAGCUGGCCAAGUCACCUGGAGCCGUCACUCCACAGGGGGCCGUGCCUGAUGAGGGUUACGAGUGGAAGGUUUUGACUGCGUACGUAGAGAUAGCUCGAGGUCGUACGAUACUUCGAGGGACGCGACCUCCAGACCUAGUGAAAUUUACUCGGGACGCAAUCCUCCAAUCAUCUUGUGGGGCGAUUGUGGGUGUCUGCAUGUCGCACGUGAGGAGACCUCACCUCUGGACCAGGAACACAGUCGACGAGGUCAUGAUCGUGGCCGGACAGCUGUUCUCUGCUUCGUUGUGUGCCCUGGGCUACGAAUUUAGACCGGGUGAAGAUUUAUUGUCACCACUACAGGUCCUGAAACGUUUCGUCUUAGGCGUCAACUACGUGCGCUACGACUUACAGCUGGUGUAUUCUGGUAAACUCGAACAGAGGGAGCCCACCGAGAUGACGCUCAGGAGCGCGCUGGAGCGCUUCUUCGCGCGGCACUCGCACGGCGUGCUGUGGGCGCGCGGGCGCGCCGCGGCGCUGUGGCGCGCGGCGGGCGCGCCGCCCUACUACCUGCUGGAGCCGCACGCCUGCGGGGCCAGCGGCCUGCGCGCCGACGCGCAGGACGAUGGCGCUGCUUGCGUUUUGACGUUCACGUCAGCAAAAAUGAUGGCGUUUGCGUAUCUCCAAAACGUACCGGUGAUAGAACGACCGAAAUACGAUUUUCAAUUAUAUGCGAUGGCGGUAACGAUUCAGCCGAUCAAGAAAUUGGGUGGAGUCGAUCCGCCUCUAGUGCGAGCACCGCCUGGAGUCAAACUUGUACCGGCAACGAGUAAGAUUGGUAUCGAUGGAAGUAAACGUCGCGCCUCCGAGGGCGACAGGAAGCACCCCCCGGGGAGUGCCACCUGUAUCGACGCGCAGCGAGCCGCCGAGAAGAAGGACAAGGAAGAGGGGAAGUUGAAAGGUCAACGGAACACCAGCGGGUGGUUGGUACUCAAUGACGGCACGCAGUUCCUGUCGGCACAGCAUUCGAUGUGCUGUCGAAAGUUCCCAUACGCUUCAAGAGGGAAUCAGGCUCUAGCGUGCUCGGUAAUGGCUGUUGCGAUGUCCCGUGUCGAGGAUGUCUGUCGCUGGUGUUCUUCAACUCUGGAUCAGAUACUGGAGAGCGGAGAUCAGCUCUACCAGGACAGUUACCUACACUUCCGACCAUCUGGAAAGAUCCUUGCCAUUGAACAGGUUUUGCGAAAAUUCUAUACGCCUGGCAACUGCGUGUGCCGCGUCGUCGUCUACCGGCCGAGGCAGGAGGGGAUCGUCGGCAAUGAUCUCGAACAUAUGAUGAUGCAGUUUUUCCGCGAGGAGAGAUCUGGUGUUCUCGUUGCUGGUAAAGGUGAUUUUGCCGUAGCACUCUUUAGGACACCGCGAGGUUAUUACAUGUUCGACGCGGCUGAUCGUGACCGUUACGGUCGCGCGGUGGCACCACCUUGCAUCGGACACGCUCGAGCUUGCUUCUCUCAAUAUCCUAACGUACCAUCGUUGGUUGAGAAAUUAGGCGCAAAUAUACCACCGGUUUUGAAAGAAUCGCACGACGACGAUUCAAAAGACGUAACCGUUAUAGCUGAUAAAUCGAAAGGCGAAGUGCAGAAAGAUGAAGACAAGGUGAGAUUUGAAGAACCGGCAUCAUUCACAAUAUACGGAAUGGAGGUUACAAGUUUGAGAAGGCUCAACAAAUAUGAGAAAUAAUACCCAAAAAAAAACAAACGCAAUAAACUGACAGCUUGCCAGGCUUUACUUAUAUAUACAUGUAAUGUAUAGUUCUCGCCUGUUCAUGUAUUGUAAAAUGUCCGUAUGUAUGGCGACGCUCAAAACGGUAUGUGACGUAAGAUUGAUUUAUAUCCUGUCAUAGAUGAUUUUGUAAGAACAGACAUGGUGUACAGACUUAGCAUUAUCUUUAUUAUUAUUUUAAAUUUAAGUGAAUACAAAAAGCGGUAAUUUACUUAUUUUUCCUCACGAACUGUGACGUCAUUGUGAUAUUUAACUAUACGAAUUGUAAACGAAGAAAUUAAUUUCAAUGUAUAUUUCUAACAACUGUACAUCUUGAACGUUACAAAAAGAGGUCAAAUUUUAUUAUUUCUUUUAUUCAAGAGUUUAAUGUGAAGAGUGAAUAUUUCUUGAGUUGAUUUAUAAAAAAAUAUUCAAGUAUUUCGCGAUAUACUUUUGGUGAUUUAUAUUUGGUCGAUAUUAUUCGAGAGCGUCGCCGAGACGUGCGCUCGCGCCGAUGUCCUCAAGACGAAUGGGACGGUGGAUUUGUUAAAACCCUGCGACCUGCAAUGUUGUAACAUUACAAGAGUCGUGUAAUGUUAUGUUUUGACGACUUUUUAGGAGUUAUUACAUGAAUGUCUAGUACCAUUUAUAAAAGCGCUUGCUUUAAAGCGCUUUAAGUACAUUCUCUCCUAUUUCAUCUCUUUCUUCUAUUAAUAAAAAAGUCAAUAAAAUAAUAUAUAGACAUGAUUGUUUUAGAAAAUAUCAUGUUUAGCUUCUUUUGCCUUACUUUUACAACUCUGUAAAUUCGGUAUUAAAAAAAAAACAACAUAAAACGAAUCUUACAAGUAUUAUAAUCUGUGGUACCACCAACGUUUUUUUUUAAUACGAAAAUAAUAUCUGUAUAUACAAAAAAUGCAUGUACAAUAUUCUAUAUAUCGUCUUCCAAGAGCCGACGCCCCCAGUAUUUUUGUUUUUUUAUUUGGCGGUUUUUGCUCUCCAAUGUAUAUCAGAUAUUUUUCAUAUAAUAUUUCUAUACGUCAUUUCAAAUAUACAAUUUAUACAACACGAUUUUAAAUUGAGCCUGUAUGGUAUUAAAAACAGAAUAAAAAUUACUUCACAAAAAAAAAUUAAACAGGAAAAGUUAAUAAAAUUCAGACGAUAUUUUGUUAUAUGAUAAUAAAUUGAAAUGACUAUAAUGAAAUAUGUACGUUAUUAAAUAUAUAAAAUACUUUUUACUUUGCUUACAAUUUGAACAAACUGUAUCAAUAUAUGUGAAAAAUUUAUGUCAAAACCUUUUU